UCAGUGAUUAGUAUCCUCCAGCAUUCGGAUUAUGUGACUCCACAAAUGGAAAUCUGAAUGUAGGAUGAUACGAAUCACUGCACCCAUAGCAGCUUAUCACAUGGUACCAGGAGCUUCACAAAUUAUCAUUAUGCUGUACCCUGGCGUUCACUAUGGAUGUAUAAAUGACUGGCCUGUUUCUCAAGAACCAAUACAUAAUGCUUUUAUAAAACCUGGAUGGGAGGGAAAACCAUAGAUUAACACGUGACCAACAUCAUCCCCUUGAUGUAUGUUGUCUAAGUACAACCAAGCAUGGGUGUGAAAGAAUGACUGAUUACGUCACAUGUACUUCCACUCGAAUAUCAACCAAUGGGGAUAUUACCCUAUAUUCAGUUGUUAGUUUCCUCCAGCAUUCGGAUCAUGUUAAGUUUUGGGUAUAUAAGACAAUCUCUACCCAGAGUUGUCGUUCCUUGCUUUCACAUACACACGUGUAUAUGAGUGUAAGGAACGAUAACUCUGGGUAGAUAUUGCAUAAAAGACUCCACAGAUCCUUUAUUUGAUAGUUGAUAUCACCUACUCAGCUUUUGAUUUGAGGAUAUCACCAGUUAGAACAGGCAAUAUCACUAGAACAGGCGAUAUCACGUAUUCUUUUCGAAUACUGUGUACAGGGUUAUUUUCGCUCUGUGUUUAUUAUCGCCCAUUUACACUACCAAGCGAAGUUUGUCCAGCUUUAAAUUCGCUCAGACACACAGUUUGCGUUAAGAGAAAAAUAAGAGAGAAAUCGGUUUAAUAGCCCAGACUUUAAUUCACCCACUGGCAACAAGGGCUACUCAAUCGAAUAGGUGAUAUCUAUGCCAAGCCGUUUUACUAUUUAUUCAGAAAAUGAGAUAUUUUUUCAAUUUUAGGGGAUAUCUCCAAACCUAGAAAGAUACCUUUCUAAGAAAGAGUUAUCUUCUUCUUUUUUUUAUAGUUAAAUGAGAGACACCUCUCUAAGAAAGAGUUAUCUGGGUUUUUUUUUUAGUUAAAAGAGAGAUAUCUCUCUAAGAAAGCGUUAUCUUUUUUUUAGUUAAGUGAGAGAUAUCUCUCUAAGGAAGAGGCAUCUUUUUUUUUUUAGUUAAACGAGAGGUAUCUCUAAGAAAGAAUUAUCUUGUUUUAGUUAAAUGAGAGAUAUCUCUCUAAGAAAGAGUUAUCUUUUUUUUUUUUAGUUAAAUGAGAGAUAUCUCUCUAAGAAAGAGUUAUCUUCCUUAUAUUAAAUGAGAGAUAUCUCUUUCACUUAAAUGAGGCCGUCUUUAUAAACAAGAGAUCUAUAUGUCUUUAAAAAAAAAACUCUCUCAAUAUUACUCCCAGCGAACAGAAAGCCCGCCAAAAUCGUCCGGAUCCGACAUAAAGUAGAGAGUAAACAGAUGCAGUCAUUUUCCGCUUCCACGCGGGUAUUGCUGAAAUAUAUAAUUAUGUUAUUGAAAAUGUGAGAAGACCAUCCAAGUAAUGCUUGUAAGAUGUUUCAAAAUUCAAUCCAAGAUGUGUUGAUUUUAUUCAUGAGAGAUCGCUCUUGGUUUACUAUAAAGAACGGUAUUUCGGCAUUAAAUAUCGAUGGUGGUCAAGUAAUGAAAAAAGUGGGGGGGGGGGGGGGGGGGGCUAGUUGUCUUUAAUACUGAAAUUUUGUUAAUAAUUAUACUUUUAAAACAAAAAAUGAAGACCAGUUGGUAAAUUUGAUAUAUGCGUUAUUUGUAUUUUUUUAUGGUAGCUUUUUUUAUUUACAAAGCACUUAGUUGAAGAAAUAUAUGUCGAGCAAAGAAUAAAGAAGACAAUCUAUGGACUACAUAGUAUUUUGUGAAAAACAAUUUAUCACAUGAACUGAAAAAGAAUGUUUAAUAUAUUUUGUUUUGUAUGAAUCAUGUAUAAUUAGCAUUUUGCUUUGAAUAAAACGGUUUGAUCCAUUGUAUUUUGAAAAAUAUGUGUUUAAAAAUUCGUGUCCCAUUGAUACAUUAACCAUUCGAUAUCAUUUAUUCGAAUAGGUGACAUCACUCAAUAUCGUGUAUUAAAAUAGCUCAUUUAGGUUGAUCUCCUAAUUCAAAAUUUCCCGCUGCCUUUAAUUACACAACUUCCGGAGCUACAAAGUUGUUUAUAUUGGAGAUUUACUUCCCUUCGAGAAAUGGCUGGAUGUCACUAUCUGGGAGGUUUCCAUCUUUGAGAAUUACCAGACAUGACUGAAGAAAUUUCACUGCACCAUGGCUAGUGGACAAGGGCCAGGUAAUCAAAAUCCUAGACCAUUAAGUUUGACCAAAGACGAGGCUUAUGCUAGGCAACUUCAGGAGGAAGAAAACGCUGCUGUGUUAGAGGAGGAUGAGGAAAUAGCCAGAAGAAUGCACAGGGACAUCAACAUUAUGCCUGUACCUCUGAUGAGGAUGAGGGGGAGUGAGGAACACCCCCCACCAAGCUCUUUUCGAUCAAUGACGCCAAUAACACAACUGUUUGCAGAUCUAGUGGUUCAUGCAAGCAGAAAUAAUCGAAGAAGGAAUCAGUCAAAUACUUUGUCAGAGAGUGAAGAAGACGAUGAUUCUGACAGCGACACAGAUACCACUGUAGAGGAGAACUCCCCCAAUGCAUCUCCAGUACUCCCUGCCUCCCGGGGACAGAGGGGGAGGGGGGCUAGAGGCAUGAUGAACCCCAGGAGGUCUGUACAUGGCAUGAGGCCGACAGAGACGGAUGUUGUUGCCACACCUACUCCUUCAAUGGCUUCAACUCGUAGAGGGGUAAGCAGAGGGAGAGGCCGUGGUAGAGGCCUUACCAGAAGGGGACGAGGUACAGGCAGGGGAACCUCUGUAAGAAGGACAGACACCGACCAGUCCUCAGAUGCACCUCAGACAAUGGAAGCUAGUGCUCCACCACUGUCUUUGGCUCUGAACCGUCCAGAACUCCCCCGAGGAGAAACAGAACCCGAGAUAAUGCUGUUAAAUGGAAGACGAACCAGCACUAAUGCUGAGGAUCGUUUCAUUCACAUGAUGAGAGAUCCAAUGUUGCUGAUUCUGUUUCUGAUGGGGCGCAGACCUGAACUACUCGUCCCAGAUGAUAUUGAUCCGAAUGACUAUGAGUCAUUGUGGGAACUAGCUGAGAGAGUUGGGGAAGUGAAGAAUCGGGGGAUGGAAGAGAAGGAAAUCAAAGCCCUCCCUGUGAAGACGUACACCUCCAAAACCCAGAUCUACACAGAAAACCAUGAGGGACCUGGUUGUCGAGUGUGUCUGUCAUCGUACAAAAGUGGAGACAAACUCUGUACGUUACCAUGCAAACAUGACUAUCAUGCUGCAUGUGUCAAAGAGUGGCUGAAGAGAAAUGCAAGCUGUCCUAUAUGUAGACAUGACAUGAAACCAAGUUAGAGAAAGUUUAGGGACAUCUAGAAUGUACACACUGGCUGUGUAACACGAUUUGAAUGUAGAAGUGUGGCAUUAAAAGUGAAACACUUCCUCAAACAGGUUAUUGUACUGUUCCAAAAUAAUUUAUUUUAUCAUAAGAAAGGAAUUAGUUUAUUUGUGAUUUAUUUACUGAUUUUUUGAAUCAUUUUAUCAUUUCUCAGUUUAUUCUCUCCAAUUUGCCAACAUUCCAAACAAAUGAUAAAUUCCAUUCUGCCAAUAUGUAUACAAUAUUGUCUGUUGUCAAGGUGUACCUAACAGUAUUCCAUCCAUUUUCAUUCAUGUACAUGUAAUUGAUUUAGUGAAAAUGAAUUUACUUCAUAUGAGCAGACGAAUUUAGUGUUUGAAGUUCCUCAGAUACAAAGAAUACUGAUUUACAAUUUUACAUACAUGUACAUUUUUGUAUAAUUUUAUAACACUGUCACCAAAAGUGUUAAAUUUAUAUCUAAAUGCAAACUUUUUUCCUGUAUUGUGUUGGGUUACGUGUAUGUAUGUAUAAUCUGCACAGACACUACAAGUUUAUCAACACAGUUUGUGACACUUACAUAUUAAUUGUAUUUGAAAGAUAUUUUUACUGCAUGUUUAUGCAAAGACUCUUGAGUAUGGGAUUUUAAAUUGUGUUUCCUUCAAAUAUUAAGUUGUUUAUGUAAAUGUAACAAUUUUUCAUGUAUAUUUUUGCUUUUUUUCUCAUGGACUAUUGCACAGUUUAUGAUACAUUUUGGUGUCCACAAUGGGUAACAUGUUGUGAAGCUGGUUUCAUUCAAUAUUGGAGAUUUUUAAGUUUGGUUUCUCAGUCACUACCAAACUUCUCCUCAUUCCUGAAAAACUUAAAUUUGUGAUAGUUAGCUGUUGUGUACUGUAUUGGUAGACUACUAAUAAUUAGCAGUUGUGUACUGUAUUGGUAGGCUACUGUUUGAGUCUGUGGUGCUUUGACUCGUUAUUCUUGUAUAAGAUUAAGAAACAACUACAAGUUUUAUGUACUGGUGUUCCUCAGUAUAACUGUGCUUAUCCUGUCAACAUUACAUCACUGAGUACUUGAGAAGCACAUUAAACAGCGAUAUGAUGGGAACCAAUAACUUAGAAGAACUGGCUAUACAUUUUGUAUGAUCUAGUCAUUGAACUCUGUUUUAACCUUACCUUUAACCAUACGAUGCUAAAGUAUUUGUUCUGGAAUUUGAAGAUUUUCCCUUUGAGAAAUUAAACAUUAGUGCAGUAAUUAAUUAUAUUAACUGAGAUUUAAAUUUACCAAGUUUUGUGAUAGUGGUUUGUAUAUCAGAAAACGAGUUUCAGUUUUAUAAAUACCCUGGUAAAGCAGUACAUCAGAGAAUCUUUGAAGUGUUAUAAUAUAUAUAUUGAUAACUGAAUUUUCCUCAAAACUGUACAAGUGAUAUGGUACUUUGAGAAUGUACAUUCGUCCAACUACAUUUGUAGUGAACUAAAAAAACCGCGGAGUUUGACACUUCAAUACUAUGUGAUAGCAGUACAUACACGUAAUAUUUCCGCUGUUUUGUUAGUCUCAUUUUGUUCUAUAGAAAGCAAAAUGUUCAUUCAUCUAAGACAUUGAUUUUUUUGGUGAGGAUUUAUAUUUUUACAAUUAUUUAAACUUUUUUUUAUAUACGUCUCUCCGUCCUGUUUAUUUUCAAAAGAUAAUUUAGAUUGAAUGUCGUGCACUCUAUAUGUGAUAAUGCGUAUUUUUAAUAACUUUACAUGUAUGUGUGUCCGUGUUUGCUAGCUGUUGAUUUCUAUUUUUGUUGUGUUAAAACUUUGCACAAAUAAAAUCAGUAUUUUUCUACUCUA